AACGCCCAAAACCAAUCUUUACUUCUUAUUCCACCUAUCCUUAAUUUCAAUUCCACUACCCUUAAUUUCUUCCAUUUCUUUUCCCUUCAAUGCAAGAAAAUCACUCUUCAAUUUUACUUUUUACAAGGGUCUCUUAAAUUCAUCACGAUUAAUGGCAACAAAAGGAAAGGAGUCUGGUCAGGGGAGGGAGAGGAGGGGAAUAUCCCCUACAUUACCCCAUCAUCAUGCUAACACCACGCAGCGCAGGAGAAGUCCCAACCCAUCCGCCACAGCCUCUAUUGAUGAACAUAAAGAUGGAGCAACCCAACCCGAGAAACCUCGUAUACCGAAUUAUCUAAGACCUACCAUCAGCUCAAGUCAUGAUCCUUCUAUGCUUACUAAGAAACAAACUUCCAACACUGCCAAAAAGCCCCUUCUCAAUAGGAGAAGAUCUCUUGACAAGCCUCCAUCGCCUUCUCAAUUACCUAAAACGCGCACUUCUCCAAGUCCUGUAGAGAGAAAUCCCCGGGUUCUACCCAAAACCACCACUAAGCCAAAAACCCAAACUGAUAGGCUGUCGAAAGCACCUACCAAGUCUCACUCAUUUUCUUCAAGAUCAGCGAGUGCAAAGAAGAGCUCAAGCACUACCAUCAAGAAUCCAAACAGUGAAAGUGGCAGUGAGGCCACAACAAAAGCACCAAGUAGUGUUAGUUCUACUGAUGUAGCCAAUUCUUCGAGGCCUGACUCCGAACAAGAAGAUCAAGAAUCAUCGGUUAGUGAGGUUGAAAAAGAGAUAAUGUUAAUGAAGGCUGAGAGAAACAAUGAAGUACCAACUGAAAUUUCACUAUUGGAGGAAAAUGAAGAUGUGGAUAUGGUACAAGUGGAACUAGAGAAUGAAGAAGAGGACCUUCUCAAGCCUUUUGAUUCCUCGAAUAUUUUAGAAGAUCAAAUUGCAUUUCAUCUGCCUGGUGAAAUGAAAGAUCCUGUCGAUAAUAAAGUACAUGUUGAAGUAACAAGUGAUGAUCAUCAUGAAGUAGAAGAAGACCACGGCACAGAGGAAAGUGAUAAAAAUCACCCAGAGGAGAGUUUUGCAGGUGAGCCUAAUGUUGAGGAGAGCUUUGUAGGUGAGCCUAAAGUUGAGGGUGAACAGAAGGAAGGAGAAGAAAUUACUAGUGAAAAAUCUGAAGGCAAGGCACUAGAUGAGAAGGUUGAUGUAGGUGAGAAAGAAGAGGUUGAUGAUGGAAGCCAAACACUGAACUCGAAGGAAAGAGAAGAAGAGGAAAGUGUUGCGAAGGAAGCCAAACCAGAGGCAAAGGAUGCAAUGGCGAAGAGCCAUGGGGGUCAAGGAAAGAGGGAUUGUCAACCAUCCAAUGACGUGAUCGAGGAGACCGCAAGUAAGCUUCUCGAGAAGAGGAAACACAAGGUGCAAGCACUGGUUGGGGCCUUUGAAACUGUCAUAUCCUUGCAAGAGCCUGAGGCCUAGCAUAGAAUCGUCACCAAAUAAAAGGGGUCAAAUGAGGCCUAAAUUAUUCUCCUAAAUUAUUUUUGUGACGCAUGAAGAUCAAUAUGUUACAAUGUACUUGGGUUUCUUGUACCCUUCUUUUUCUCUUUUUCAUUUUUAAAAAAAGUUAUUAUUCAGUGUUUUUGUCCCCGUCUAGCUCCAAGAAGGAAAAACAGGAGACAGGGUUAACAUUUAUUUUCAUUUUCCAUUUUCCUUUGGACAUAUAAAUAUCCAGUGUAUUCUUUUUUCAAGGAAAAAACAAUGAAUCUUCUGUACUUGAACAUUUGUAUAAAUGAAUACAUUCAUUAUUGUUGAUUUCAUAAAAAAUAAAAAAUAAAAAUAAAAAUGAGAGAUUUAUUACUGUAAGUGUUCCCCUACAAAAAUUAUUGAAUUCACACAAGAAAUAAAUGAAUGAAAGCUUAAUGUCAUGGACAUCCUUCAGCAAUAUAUCAACCUUUUCUUUCUCAU